GCACUGCCGGCCUGGAGGGUCGGGGCGCCUGCGCAGUCGCUCCUCCUUAGGCGGCAGCCAUGGCGGGUCAAGAGGAUCCGGUGCAGCGGGAGAUUCACCAGGACUGGGCGAACCGGGAGUACAUUGAGGUCAUCACCAGCAGCAUCAAGAAAAUCGCGGACUUUCUCAACUCGUUCGAUAUGUCUUGUCGUUCAAGACUUGCAACACUAAACGAGAAAUUGACAGCCCUCGAACGGAGAAUAGAGUACAUUGAAGCACGGGUGACAAAAGGUGAGACCCUCACCUAGAACUGUGCCAUUGCUGCUGCUGGGAAGUUGCUUUACAGAACACAGGCCUACGUGGGAAAGGCCCCAGCAGCCUCAGCUCCUUCCUCUCUCCUUAAAGAGCAACAGGGCUUAUUCAUGUUUUUCUUUUUUCAAAAGCGUGGCCUUUGGGCUCUGCCAUGUACAUCGGUGUGUGAUGUGGCAUGUGGGAAGAAGUCCAGGGGAACUCUCGGAAACAACAUUAGGCAUUUUACCUUUUAAGUAACAUUUUGUAGAACUGUUUGUCAAUGUAUUUGAGGCGUGCAGAGCCAGACGCCUGGGACUCUUUGUUAAGGUCCUCCCCACCUCCUUUUCUCCCUCUCUCUGUCUCUCUCUCUCUCUCUCUCUCACACACACACACACACAACACACACACACACACUUUCCUUACAGCUCUCAUUGCCUCUGCAUUGGUUCUAUAAACAGUCUUUGUCUCCUUUCCACCUUUGGUGGGGGGGUGGGAGGCAGUCCUGUCUGAGACACUUAUGCCCCGGCAAGGUAGCCACAAGAGAAUGUUGUUGGUAACCCACCAGUUUCUUGUCCUUUUGGGGAGGUCAAGGCCAGGCCCCCACUUGGCUUGAAGGGACAUUUUCAGAAUUUUCUUUCUGUCACUUGGGGUGUCUUUGCCUCUCAUAUUUCCCUAAUAAACUCCUCAACUUUA